AUGGCUUUUCAGCUUGGACCUUCAGUUUGUGUUAUCUUGACAAUUGUUAUAUUUUUCCUUUGCCUCCUUACCCUUGCGGGUGUCCCUAAGACUGAGCUUCCUCAAGAUAAGAGCCGUUUAUUUGGCUAUCCAGUAUGGCAUCCUCCUAUCAAAGGAAAUGAUUACAACAAAACCGAUAGUUCAUUAGCUUUCGGUUCUCUCUUGAUAACAAUUACUUGCUAUUUAGCCGCAAGAUGGACUGCACAUCCUCCGACCAUUCGUAAACUUCAGACCUAUUUUAUCAGUGGCGACUCUCCUCCAGUUUCUGCCUACUACUUUAAUCGCCUUUUGGUUCUUUAUGCUUUUAAUACAAUGUUAACUUUUGUUUCUAUUCUUAUAUUUGACGUUGGUAAACUUUGGAUAGGGGCAAUCGGAAUGCUUCAUAAUAGCUCCGAAUUUGCUGUUUUGGUUUUAAUAGGAUCUGGUGGAAGGAUUAAAAAUAUUAGUUUUUAUGGUAUUCUUUUAUGUUACAUGUUUUUCGUCUAUUGUGGUUGCCUUUUCAUCGAUUGGCCUUAUGAUGCUGUUUGGUUCAAAUUCCAAGGUCUCUGUUUUGACUAUGCACUUAUGAUCACUUUCUUCCGUAUUUACCUUAACACUAAACAUGAGCUUAAGCAUGGUGAUGAGGUUGAACAUACUCAUGCUACAAGUGUUUAUCCUACAAAACGCAUUUACUUGCCUUCCACUCCAGGCUGGAAAAAAUUUGUCAUUGGUACAAUAUCAAUUUGUUGUGCACUAUUAACUGUUCGUUUAGGAGCAUUUUUGAUGGAUAGGGAAAGGCAUAAUGAUGGCG